CUUCUCUUCACAUAUUUUUACCUGCUCUGCUCACUGCUCCUCUCUUCUCUUCUUUGUCUGGAAAAUUCGAACCCUAAAGCGCCGGUGCCGUCUCCGGGUGCGGGCUCACCUCGCGGCGGCGGGACCUUCCGUUCAAGCGUCGCGCCAUGGCUCAGCUCCGCGAGUACAGGAUGACCAUGACAAGCAAGGAUGGAUUGGGAGAUGAGGGGGACUACUGGUGGUCGCUGUCGCUGUCGAGGAUGCACACAUUUUUCAGACAAGUGAAUAUAUUGAUAUGUCUGCUUCUGCAUCGAUUGAUGCAUAUGGCUAUGUCGAGGAUCCACAUGUUCCUGAGUGUGGACAGUGGAAGGCCUCUAAGCUCCCGUGGUUCCAGUGAAGAGCAGGGUGUCUCUAAAAUUUAUGUGCUGUCCGAACAACCAAUGCCUCCCCUGCUGCUGAUUCUCUGGUUGGAUUCAGGCGCCACCCACCAUGCUGUGGGCGAUGCUAGAAUUCUUUGUAACCUUCGGGAUCCACCUGCCGGAACAGCCGUCAGAGCAGCAGAUGGCGUCCGGCUGCUCGUCCAUAAAAUUGGCGACAUACUGACACAAUGCAUCAAAAUCCAAGAUGUGUACCUAGUCCUUGGACUCCAAGAGAAUCUCAUAAGCGUUCGUCAGCUCGCGAAGGACAAGAAAAUAGUCACCAUUUUCUAUGAGAACUAUGCGGAGCUAUGGCGCGAGGGGAAGAUGGUCGGUGGCGCAAUUGCUGACAAUGUCACAUCCCUCUACCAGCUACGCUACUUGACGAUGCCGACGGGAGAUCCUGAGGCUGGCACAAGUAGGUACAUACGAGAAGAAGCCAUGGAUGUGGCUACCGCAAGAGAAGCGACGAACAGGAGCAGCUUCCUGCAGCUCCUCUCGCUGUCCAAUUCGACGUCGACUGAGACGAAGAUGAUCCACGCGUGCAUACAUGUUCUUAACAACUGCUACAAAUCUGAGGAUGGAUUGCGUGUACAGAACAUGUUUUCUGCCGCCGCCGCUGACUCGACGUACACAAGGCGGCUGGUUUGGGCCAUGGCGGAGCUCAUCAACCACCCACACGAGAUGCGCAGGGUCCAAGCCGAGAUCAGGGCGGCCGUCGCCGCCGCCGGCAACGACGACGACGACGUCACGGAGGACGACCUCGAGCUGCUGCCCUACAACAAGCAGGUGAUCAAGGAGAUGCUCCGGCUGUGCACGCCAGUGCCACUCCUCCUUCCCCGUGAGACGAUGGAGCACACGGAGCACCUCGGCUACCAUGUUCCGGCGCGCACCCACAUCUUCUUCAACGCCUGGGCCAUCUCACGGGGCCCCACGGUGUGGCGCAGCGCGGACGAGUUCAUGCCGGAGCGGUUCGCCGACGACGACAUGAAGAAGACGACGACGGAGUACUUGCUGUGGCAGGACUUUGACGAGUUCGUGCCGUUUGGAGCAUCAUGGAGGAGAGGAUGCUCUGGUGUUGGGUUUGCCGCGCCGGCCAUGGAGCUGGAGCUGGCACUGGCAAGCCUACUGUACCACUUUGGCUGGGAGCUGCCGGCCGGCAGGCCACCAGCAGCACCAAAGGACGAGCUUUCGGUGCGGCUCAAGACGACCUUGCAUUUGGUAGCUAAGCCAUGGUCUUCUCAGUGAGAUCACAUAUGAAAGUAACCUCACAGUGGAUUUUGGGUAACCUCGUCAUCAUGUACAUCUUUCGUACGUUUUUUUAAAUCGUAAUAAGCUGAGUUCCUCGGUUCUAAAUUGUAUGUUAUUCUAACUGGGCGCAGCAGAGAUUUUUCUUGCAAAGCUGAAACUUUGCGUGUCAAAAUCAGUGGGCAGUUGGGGCCAAGAGCCCAAGACAAAUGGAGGAAGAGCACAUGGUUUUUGUUUUUUUGGAGACCGAAAGAGCAGAUGACCACUUUUUAGCUGACGAGGAAAGAAACCAGUGUUCAGGAAUGCCCAGCUAAUCCCUAUGCCAUUUUUUCAGAAUCAAGCUCAGAUGACCACUUUUUAGCUGAGGCUUUA